AUGGAUGUCUUUGUGUUGGCUGCGUUGAACCUGCUAGCCCUCUUGUGGGUGACUGGGGUUGAUGGAGAUGUGUUUGUGAAAGACUUGCACACAAAUCACACAAUUGGGAAAUACCCCGACUUGCAAGCCAGUUUUGGCGUAGAUUUUCCACCGGAUGGCUUGGAGGGAUGGCUGGUUUAUGCCAACGGUGACCACAAGGCAUGCAAGCCUGUCCAACCUCCUCCAAAGAACAGCACCUGGUGUGCUGAUUUUAAUUGUAAUUUCAUACUGCUGAUUGCCAGGGGUGGCGACUGUGAAUUUUCAGACAAGGUUUUAAAUGCUGAACAGCACAACUAUGCAGCAGUUAUUGUACAUAAUUACGUUCAUAGCGAAGAUGUCAUUUCUAUGGGGGGAGGUGUUAAUGGUUCCCUUGUGCAUAUACCGGCAACCUUCGUCGGCUACAGUAGUGGCAUGGAGCUGUGGGGGUAUAAUUAUACACAUCAGAGGUACAUCAUCACAAUCAUGGAGGAGGACGAAGAACUCAGAUUGUUCCUCUGGCCCUUUGCGGUUGUGAUAGGUGUCUGUUUUCUUAUCUUCAUGGUUUUUAUGUUAGUGAAAUUGUUAAGAGAGCAAGCCAGCAAGAAGGUGAAUCGCUUGUCAAAGAAGCACCUGAACAAGAUUCCAGUCCGCAAGUUCAAGAAAGGGGACUAUUACGACACUUGUGCCAUUUGUCUAGAUGAGUAUGAGGAGGGUGAGAAAAUCAGAGUUCUACCAUGUGACCAUGUAUAUCACAUGAAGUGUAUUGACCCCUGGCUGACUAAGAACAAGAAGACCUGCCCUGUGUGCAAGCGCCGGGUGAUACCUGACAGAGGUGCCGACUCAGAAUCCGAGUCUGAAGCAGAAAACUCGCCAGGUUCAGAGAACACUCCACUCCUGACGGGACAGACGCGAGGUCAGUCACACGGCAGCGUCACAGAGUCAGCUGUUGUUUUGAAUCCUGCAGAUCGUUCCUUGCUUCAAGAUUCAGAUAUAGAACAUGGAGCUGUGGGAGGCGAGGAUAUCUCCACUAAAAAUCCAAGACAGGAGACUUUGCUGACUCUAGCCAGGCCUGGUAGAGGCAACAUACAGGAGACUGAGGAGGGAAGUGACCCUAAUAAUGAGAGGAAAAGAAAGCGAAGGGACUGGUUGAGAAAUGGAGGAGAAGAAGAAGGAAGCAGAAGCUCCUUAUUAGUUGCAGAGAACCGGGUAGAUCGUAGAGAAAAGAGAAAACAGAGGAAGGAUAAGAAGAAAAAGGCAGAAAAUAAGCGGAAGUGCGAUGAGACAGGUGUGAAGACAGGACACGAGAAUGGGGUUGUGGAGCAGGCAGAUGCAUCAGACAUCUCUGCCACAGAUGUAGCCGGAGUCAGUCAAGUGAGAAGCUAUGGGGAAGAUGCACAAUUGAGAAGCUAUGAGGGAGAUGAACAGAUGAACCAUGAAGAGGGUGGACAAGACAACCCCAACUACACAGACUCUCCAGAAGUUGUGGUUGCUGCAGUGAGCGCCAGGCGGGAUUGGAGUGAUGUUGUUUGA